AUGGCGGAGGUGGGCGGCGCCGCGGCGGCGCCGGACAUCGACCCCGACUUCGAGCCGCAGAGCCGGCCGCGCUCCUGCACCUGGCCGCUGCCGCGGCCUGAGCUGCCGGCGGCGCCGGCGGAGGCGGGCGGCGCGGCGGGCGCGGCGGAGGAGGGCGCAAGUGGCGCGGCGGCGGGCCCCGGGCGGGCCGAGGGGGCGCGGGCGGGUGGCGCGGUGGCGCGGAAGGGCGGCUCCCGGCGCAACGCCUGGGGCAACCAGUCCUACGCCGAGCUCAUCAGCCAGGCCAUCGAGAGCGCCCCCGAGAAGCGGCUCACGCUGGCGCAGAUCUACGAGUGGAUGGUCCGCUCCGUCCCAUACUUCAAGGACAAGGGCGACAGCAACAGCUCCGCCGGCUGGAAGAACUCUAUUAGACAUAACCUGUCACUGCACAGCAAGUUCAUUAAAGUCCAUAAUGAAGCUACAGGGAAGAGCUCUUGGUGGAUGCUCAAUCCUGAGGGUGGUAAAAGUGGAAAAGCACCAAGAAGAAGAGCUGCCUCCAUGGACAACAGCAGCAAACUCGCAAAAGUCAGAGGUAAAGCAUCCAAAAAGAAGCCUCCUCUCCAGUCUGCUCCAGAAUCUACUGCUGACAGUCCUGGCUCCCAAUUCCCUAAGUGGCCUGGGAGCCCAUCCUCAAGAAGCAAUGAGGACUCUGAUGUGUGGAACACCUUCCGGCCUCGAACCAGUUCCGAUGCAAGCACCAUUAGUGCCAGGCUUUCUCCUAUCCUGACGGAGCAGGAUGACCUCCAUGAUGAAGAGUUGCUUCCUUCUCUAGUGUACUCCAGUGCAUCCAGCAAUGUUCCACCAACUGUGACUGAGGAGCUUGAGCUCAUCGAUGGGUUAAAUUUGAUGUCUCCCAGCUCAUCUGUGUUAACUACCCAGCAAUCUGCCUCAAGUGGUCAGAUCCAGAGAGAUUCCAGCUUUUCCUUGAGGAGCCCAAAUGCAGCUGGUCAGACCACUACUUUUGGCAAUUCCCUGUUUAACCCUGUUGAUAUCUCGCUGCAACGUUCUGUCAGCCAUUUCUCUGCCCCUCAGACCUUGGAAGCUCUUCUGACACCCAGCUCUCCACCUCCAAGGGAUGUUAUGAUGACUCAGGUGGAUCCAGUUCUCCCGCAGACUGGUAACAGGAUGAGCAGCCGAACUCUUCUGCUUCUAGGUGGACAAGCUGCCCAGAGUAAGAUGAGCUCAGGCAAUCCACAAGGAAAGCCUGCAGAGCAGCAGGCAGAACCAGCUGGUGCUGGUGUUUUGCCAUCAACACUUCCCAUAGUAACAUCUCCUCAAAACACUGCCAGCAUCACCAGUUUGAAGGCUCCAGUUUCUGCAACAACAGCCCAAUCGGUCCAGCUGGGCAGUCCACUGCUUCUUUCUUCUGCUAGCCCUGCUCCCUUGGGAUUUAACCAGGACAGGCUGCCCAUUGAUCUGGACAUUGACAUGUACAUGGAGAACCUUGAAUGUGAUAUGGAUUACAUAAUCAACAGUGAACUCAUGGAUGGAGAAGGACUGGACUUUAAUUUUGAACCCAUUCUGUCUACUCCCAGCUAUCCCAGCACCUCGCAGGCCUCCAACCAUACCUGGGUACCAAGUUAACUUCAGGAGCACAAAAAGUGUCCUUCAGGUUUUGAACAUCGGGUUCUGACUUCACCUCCCACCCCUAGCAGAGAAAAGAAUGGAGCACGUUGGAUUCGGUUUCCCUGCACACCAUGCCUUGGGCAGAAGGGGCUGCCCACCUGGGAAGAAGGGGCAACCUGCAUCUGGCUGCAACAGGAAGAGUUUCAAAAUAAUAAUCCUGUUAUGUGCCAUGGCUCUUCCUACAAACCUGACCCUGCCUUGGACCAUCUGGAGAAACCCUGGGCUGUACAUGUCUGAAGAGGAGCCCUGGUAAAAACCUUGGCCAGAAGAUUCUGUGUCAAGCAAUAGCGUUUUCCCAUGUGAAGAGUUGGGUUUGCUGGAGGAAUCUCUCAAUGGCUAUCCUCUCUCUGCUAUGGCAGAAAGUCUCCCAGUGCCUCGGACCGGCGAAGGGCUGGCUCUGCUCUCACUUGGCUUGCCCUCUGGGUCAAAGUAGUUGGAUGUUUUCAUUAAGCCACCAGAUGUGCACUUGGUGUCGCACAGACUUACAGAGGAAUUGGAAGGAGCUUUUUGGUGGAAGCCCUGUGGGAAAGGGGUGCGCUGUUUCAGGGCUUGGUUUCAGUGGUUUCAGUGUGUCCAUCUCAGGAGCACCCAUCGUUGUUCUGCAGGGAAGGGUGUUGGUCGUGGUGUAGAAGGCUUCCUCUUGUCCACCUGAGUGGACAGGAGGACAUUGAGUUUUUCACUGUGCCAACUAAGCCUCAUUGAAUCACAAGCAUGUUUCGAGAAGUCCCUAUGCUGUUCUCAAUACUUUCCUGAUACACCAGGCUGCUGUAAAGUAAGCACAGGUGGUAAUAGCUGUUUCUGGGACAUAAAAACAUCAUUUUGGGUUUGUAUCUGGUCUGUCUUGCUACAGCAGAGAAAUGGAAAGCCUGGGUGUGGCCUUAACAGAGCCCUGGUUGCUUUUCAGAAGGGCAUUUUCUAUAGAUGAAAUAUUUUUUUACUAAUCUGGGAACUUUCUACAGUGAAUAUGAAGCCAAUGUUAAGUGUGUCCCCGUUAGGCGUAUUAGGCAUUUCUCCCUCUGAGAAGGUACCAGUGACAGACCUCUUUUUCAGAGCUGCAUUAGGAACAAACACAUUUGAUGUUUGAUAAUGUAUAUGAUUGAGGGGAAAGAAUUGGCAGGUCCCCAUGGUUUCAAACCACCUUGGAGAAGAGUUGUACAUUAUUGUAAUCUGUAUGUAAAAGU